AUGAACGACUUCGACAAAAUCAAGGACGACGCCGUUCCGUCCAAUGGGCUGUCAAACGACAUCAUCAUCAGGUCUUCCGACAAGGUCGACUUUGUCAUUCAAAGGAAGCUCCUCUCUGAGGCGUCACCCAUUCUGAGGGACAUGCUGCGCAUGUCUCAGCCACCGCCAUAUUCCGCGGAACCCCAAGACGAAAUAGUCGGUAGUCCUCCUGUGCUCGCCCUCCCCGAGGACGGCGCAACUAUCAGUGCGCUCUUGCAGUUUCAUACACAUGGUCUCGACAAAGACGGCCCCACCCUAUCGAAGGUGCGGUCCAUCCUGGAGGCCGCUCGGAGAUACCGGAUGUAUGGCGUUGUUGCCGCCUUCAGACCUCGCCUUGUCGAACUGGGAAAAUUGCGCACAGAUGCUCUCUCUGCAUUCGCCAUCGCGUGCUCUCUCGGCCUUGAUGAAGAAGCGGAGACCUUGGCUCCCCUCGCAUACGAGCUCCGUGGGAGAUACGUUCCGGAGCUUGGUGAUAUGUCGGCAGGCGUUUACUAUCGGCUUAACCACUACGAUCCCCGG